UAUAUACAGUUCGGUUAAUAAUCAAGUAGAGUGUAGAAGUUGAUCUUUAGUCUAGUGGGCAUAGAUGUCCGAACCCAUUGAUGAUCCAGCUGUCAUUUCGAUUGCUAUUGAUAUUGUUCGCUCUUCGGUAAGAAUUUAGCUGAAAGCUAAAUUGGUUCGAUAUGUUAGAAUAAACUCGAUCGUCAAAGUGGAAAGUUUACUUUUCCCUUCGUUCCGCUAAAAAAGAAAGUCCGUGAGUUUUUUGCUAAGUACUUUAAAGUGGCGACGAGCCAAAACGGUUAGCUACGCGUGUGUUUGAAUAAGUGCAUAAAGUGGCAUUUAGUGGUAGCUGAAAUUUCGCUACACAGUGUUUUGUACAGGGCGAUAAUUUGGUGCCGUUCGGUAGCGUUUUUGAACGCCGAAUUUGGGCAGAAUCUAGAGCAAAUUAUCAACUUUAAAUCAGCGCAAGUUUUGCCAGUCGGUUGCAAAGCAACGCUCUCAGCAUCGGCAACAUAGUUGCAUGCUACGGUAUAGAGUUGUAUAGAGUACACUAACGCAAUCUGGGCUUUUCUUUCGCCGAUUGCCGGUUCGUUGUGUUUACCUUUUUCAAGGUAUAAAAAGUUGGCGAUUGACCGGGUUUUUCGCGCUAGAGGCGGGCGAAAUACGGAAUUACGAUUUCGGACGGAGCGUUCAAAGGAUCCUGGAGACGGGCUUUGUUGUACCAGCUACACAAAGGCGGCCGUGGCCAUUUCGUGUACGACAAGAUUCCGGACAAAGGCUGUGACCAUUUCGUAGGUCUGAAUAGAUUGCGGACAAAGGCGGAGGUGACCAUUUUUUAGGAUCCCGGACAAAGGCGCUAUUCUGUGGAGCACACAAAGGCGGAAGUGCCUUUUCAAAUCCGGUGGAACGGACAAUAGCGAGGAGCUUCACGGUUUUGUUUAACAACUGAUUAGACAAGUCGCUUUGAUCUGGUGCAGGUAUGGCGUUAAUGGGGACAAUAGACCCAUACGUCUUUGGCACGUCUUUUUCGAAUUAUGUAGAGCGGCUAGAGUAUUUCUUUUCGUGUAAUGACAUACCGCAAGAUAAAAAGAAAGAUAUUUUUAUGAGUUUCUCGGGAAUGCAUGUUUUUGAGGAACUCAAAUUACUUUAUCCUGGUAUAGAGCUGAGAACUCUUACCUAUGAGGCAAUUACAAAAAAACUAAAGGAGCGUUUUGAUAAAAUCGAAUCAGACACGAUUUUGAGGCAUAAGUUUAGGUCUAGGAAACAAGGUGCAACAGAAACUGGUGAAAAUUUUAUACUUGCCGUAAAGCUUCUCGCAGAGCAAUGCGAUUUUGGAGAGUUUCGCGAUUCCGCUAUUAAGGACCAAUUGAUAUACGGGAUUUACGAUAAGAAAUUGCAAAAAGACAUUCUUGAAAUUGAUAAUUUGACGUUGAGAAUUGUGGAACAGAAGAUUAAGAAUAAAGAAAUUAUAAUGUCAAGUACAAGUGCUUUAAAUUCGGAUUAUAAUACUGGUGUUAACGCUGUUCGGAAUCGUUUAGGAAAUCGUGAAUCGGAUUAUAGGCCGCGGAAUUCAGUUGAUAGAGGUCGUGACAGAUUUAGAGGUAGAGAUAGGAUGAACAAUAGCUAUCAUAGAGGUAAUGAUAGAAGGCGCUCACGUUCGGGGCGCAGGAAUUCCAGUCGUGGAAGAUAUGCCAACUUUAUUUGCAAUUUUUGUAAUCGGAAGGGUCACAUCCAGAAAAAUUGCUACCGUUACAAAAAUCAGAGGAAGAAUUCCGUAAAGUUCAUCGCAGAGACGCCUAGUUCUGACAAUGUGUACGACUAUUUUAAAAAACUGAGGGUCGACUAUGGCAGCGAUGAUUCUCCAGGUGAUUAUCCAUGUCUUAUGAUUAGAUCCAUUAAUAGGAUUGCUGAACCUUGUUUCCUAGAAGCUGACAUUGAGGGUAGAUUGAUAAAAAUGGAAAUUGAUAGUGGUUCAUCAGUUUCGGUGAUGAGCAAAUCUGAUUUCUUCAAACAAUUGCUAAAUGUUCCAUUGAAAAAUAACAAUAGAAAGCUUUUGGUAGUAAAUGGAUCGACAUUGGAGAUACUGGGCAGUGCUUUUGUGAGAGUUUCAACCAAUAAUAGAGAGGCUUUGCUAGAACUUAUAAUUUUAAACAGUGAACAUCGCUUUACUCCACUAAUGGGGAGAGACUGGCUGGAUGUUUUUUGUGAAGGUUGGAGGCAGCAUUUUUCGAAUAUAUUUUCAAUAAAUGCUACUUUUCCAAAGAAUCGUUCUGAAAUGAUAGUAAGCAAUAUAAAGGACAAUUACAAAAGCAUUUUUGAUAAAAAUCUAUCUACUCCUAUUAUUGGUUUUGAGGCUGAUUUGGUGUUGCGGGAGGAUACACCGAUUUUUAAAAAGGCGUAUCAAGUCCCUUAUCGUUUGAAGGAAAAGGUUGAUAAUUAUUUAAUAAAACUUGAGAAGGAUAAAAUCAUUUCUCCCAUUAAAACCAGUUUAUGGGCCUCGCCGGUGAUAGCGGUUAUGAAGAAAGAUAACACGAUUAGACUUGUCAUAGACUGCAAGGUGUCUAUAAACAAAGUUUUGAUUCAAAAUACGUACCCAUUACCUUUAGCGCAAGAUUUAUUUGCAUCCUUGUCUGAUUGUAGUUGUUUUUGUUCCUUGGACUUAUCUAAUGCUUAUACACAACUUAAUUUAUCGGAGAAAUCACGGAAAUUUGUCGUUAUUAAUACAUCAAGAGGACUUUUCACUUACAACAGGCUUCCUCAGGGUGCUUCUUCAAGUGCUGCAAUUUUUCAGCAAAUAAUGGACACGGUUUUAAAAGGACUAGAUAUGGUCUUUUGCUAUUUAGACGACGUGUUGGUUGCUGGAAGAGACUUUGAGGAUUGCCAUAAAAGGCUUCUAUUAGUUUUAGACAGAUUGCAUGAAACUAAUAUCAAGGUUAACUUUGAUAAAUGUAAGUUUUUCGUGAAAGAGUUGCCUUAUUUGGGACACGUAAUAUCAGGGGAGGGCCUCAAGCCAAACCCAGAGAAAGUAGCAACUAUUCAGCAAGCUAAGAAACCAGAAAAUGUUACCCAAUUAAAAGCUUUUCUUGGCCUCAUAAACUAUUAUGGCAAAUUUCUUCCUAAUUUAUCUGCAAUUUUAAGUCCAUUGUAUAAGUUAUUGCUAAAAGAUGUUAAGUAUGUGUGGAGUUCUAUAUGUGACAAAGCCUUUAAUGAAUGCAAAUUACAGCUGCUCAAUGCUAGUUUAUUAGUUUUGUACGAUCCCAAAAAACCAAUUAUAGUCUGUGCUGAUGCUUCAUCCUACGGAUUAGGAGGAGUGAUAGCUCACACUAUCGGUGGAGUAGAAAGGCCGAUCAGUUUCACCUCUUUUUCGCUGAAUACAGCACAAAAAACUUAUCCGAUCCUGCAUUUGGAGGCACUGGCAAUAGUAUCAACGAUAAAGAAGUUCCAUAAAUACCUGUACGGCCAGAAAUUCACGGUAUAUACUGACCAUAAGCCGCUUUUAGGAAUUUUCGGUAAAUCGGGACGUAAUUCAAUUUUCGUGACUAGGUUGCAACGUUACAUAAUGGAGUUGUCCAUUUACAAUUUCGAUAUUUUGUACAGACCGUCGGAUAAAAUGAGCAACGCCGAUUUUUGUUCCAGAUUUCCUUUAAGCAACGAGGUUCCUAAAGCUGUUGAUAGUUAUAGCGUGAAUAGUUUAAAUUUUUCUAUUGAACUGCCUCUCGAUUCUUCCGUAAUAGCUAAAGAGACUCAGAAUGACCAAUAUCUUCAACAGGUAAUAUAUUUUACAAAGCAUGGUUGGCCAGAAAGAUUAGAGAGAAGUUUCAGAAAUAUUUAUUCACAACAUAAGGAUUUAGAAAUCACGGACGGUUGUUUAGUUUUCCAGAACCGUGUAGUAAUACCAUUUUCGCUCCAAAAUAAGAUGUUGAAGCUACUCCAUGCAAAUCACGUAGGGAUUAUCAAGAUGAAACAAUUAGCAAGAAGAUAUUUAUACUGGUUUGGCAUUAAUAACGACAUUGAGCGUUAUGUUAAAAAAUGUGACGUUUGUGCAAAAAUGGUUUCUGUGCCAGGGCAAAACCUUACAUUUAAAUGGACGCCAACUACUCGACCGUUUAGUAGAAUCCAUGCGGAUUUUUUCUACCAUGAAAGAAAUGUAUUCUUGCUAAUUGUAGACAGUUUUUCGAAAUGGUUAGAAGUAAUAUGGAUGAAGUAUGGAACGGAAGCCGAAAAAGUUAUUAAAAACAUGCAAAGUUUAUUCACUCGUUUUGGUCUACCGGAUGUUGUGGUGACGGAUAAUGGACCACCGUUUAAUUCCCAACAAUUUAUUUCUUUUCUUGAAAGACAAGGGAUCAAGGUGAUGAAAAGUCCGCCUUACCAUCCACAAAGUAAUGGUCAAGCGGAACGCUUAGUACGAGUGGCAAAGGAUAUUUUAAAGAAAUUUCUCCUUGAUCCCGAGAUAAAGAGUUUAAGUAUCCAGGAUAAACUGGACUACUUUUUGUUUGGUUACCGUAAUACUUGUCUGACAGAGGGAGGAGAUUUCCCGUCUGAAAGAGUUUUGUGCUAUAAACCGAAAACGCUUUUAGAUUUGACAAACCCUAAUAAAAACUUCAAAAAAAUGAUUAAGCAAUCCAAAUUUGACGAUGAAGAAAAGCAUGUUCAGUUUGAAAAGGCACUUAAAGAUCCGUUCAAUAAACUAGUUUCAGGAGACAAGGUUUAUUACAGAAAUCAUAAUAUGAAAGAAACACAGAAAUGGUUAGAAGCGACGUUUGUUAAAAGAAUCUCUUUGAAUACUUUACAGAUCUCGAUCGGAUCAGCCUUGAUCUCGGCCCACAGGGGGCAGAUUAAGCUCAGUGAAACUGAACGCAGGCGCAAUACGGCGCUUCAGUUGGACCGGUUUACACCUACGCUAUGCCGGGGUUCAAAAAGGCGACAUGAAGGCUCCGAUGACGACGAACCAUUCCGGGGAUUUUCGCCGAACUUGGAACUACCUGUACCAACUAGAAACGAAGUACACCCGAAUGUUUUACGAUCAAAGGAUUCAAGAGUUCAACACGACUCUUCUCGAAGCAACAGUGAUAAAGAUCUGCGUAGAUCUAGCCGAGCUAGAAAAAAGAAGUUCGAUGGAAGCUAUGUUUAUUAUAAAUGAAAUGUUCAAUAUUCGAUUGAAUUCUAAUGUUAUAAUUUCAAUAAUUUCGAAUUUAUUAUGUUGUAAAUAGUUGUAAAAAUAUUAAGCAUAAGUUCGAUCCUAAGGGUGAAGGCAUUGUAAUAUAUAUACAGUUCGGUUAAUAAUCAAGUAGAGUGUAGAAGUUGAUCUUUAGUCUAGUGGGCAUAGAUGUCCGAACCCAUUGAUGAUCCAGCUGUCAUUUCGAUUGCUAUUGAUAUUGUUCGCUCUUCGGUAAGAAUUUAGCUGAAAGCUAAAUUGGUUCGAUAUGUUAGAAUAAACUCGAUCGUCAAAGUGGAAAGUUUACUUUUCCCUUCGUUCCGCUAAAAAAGAAAGU